AUGGUUGUCGGUUGCAUUGUUUUGAUAACAGGCAUUUGGCUAAGGACGGACAGUCAUUUUCGUGGUUUUCUAAGUGAGCGUUAUCGUCAAGCUGUUCAUGAGGCUUUUUGGGAGGCUCCAACUCUUUAUGCUUUUUCUUAUAUUUUGAUUGUGCUGGGAUGCGCUCUUAUUCUUUCAACGAUUUUUGGAUGUUAUGGAGUUUCUAUUAACUCUAAACUUUUGAUUGGAAUUUAUGGAGCAAGCACAUUUGCUUUGCUCAUUUUUACUUUAAGUUGCGGUGCUUAUAUUUUCUACACUAAAGAUUCGAUUGACGUUGAAUUAGCAGAUGCUCUUAAUUAUAUGGUUCAACACUACUAUCAGGGCCCAGGAAUUGUACAAGAGAGCUUGGAUCGGCUCCAGCAGGCAUUUCGCUGUUGUGGUCUAACGUGUGACCUACGAUGUGAUGGAUGUCAUUAUCGUAUUUGGAUUGCAUUACGAAUUGGUUUCUCUGUAUCGUUGGCAGUUUUUUCCAUUGUUGUAUUUGCCCAGCUAGUAGCUAUUGCUCUUUCAUUAACGAUGAUUUUUGAUGUCCACCAAUCAAAUAAUCGCUCGGUGUUUAAUGCCAUGCGUCGUAAGGAAGUUGCGAAGGCGAGUGCUCGCAAACAAAUGGAAUAUCAACCUAAGUUCAGCAAAUUUGACAAAAGGAAGCAUCCUUACUAUUUUUAA